AUGCAAUCCUCCAUUCUCAGAACCCGUCUCACAGCUGCUCAGGUCAGUGCACACCUCGACCAUCCGCGUGUCGUUUCAGAGCUCGGCUGACGUUGCCCGAUUUCGACCCCCACCUGGGCUCAUUAUCAUCACUCAAAAACAGAACGUCUCGCGUCGUACCCUCUCUACCCAGAGGGCGACACAAGUCCCUCCUGUGGCCGGCCAACCGCCCAUCAUCGUCAACACCGGCCGCCCUGUUGUCGGUGCUCCGCAACCCCAUCCCGUGCCCAACCCUCCGAGGGCGGCGCCCGGUGGAAGCGGACCUAACAUCCCGUGAGCCAACUUGUCGUCGGCGCAAGCCCUCGUUCAGAUCCUGCCAUUUAGCAUUCUGAAUCCCGCCUCUGUCCUCCAUAGCGUGAUCAUCGGCAUCGUUGCGGUCGGCGGCGGCCUAUUUUGGUAUCUCAACAAACCCACUGAGGCGAAGCGCGAGAUCCGCCAGCUGGAGAACAAGGCCGAAUCCGCUUUCGACGCUGCGAAGGACAAGACCGAAGAUGCUUUGGAGAAGACGAAGUACAAGGUCGAGUCCGUUGUCGACUCGGCAAAGGACAAGCUCUCGGCCGAUCGCUCGACCCAGGUCCAAGCCAAGGCCGAUGAGGUCAAGAGCAAGGCUUCGGGUUGGUUCAGCAGCGCCGAGUCGGACGCCGAGAAGGCAAAGCGAGAAGCGACGGCGGCCUACCAGGACACCAAGAGCACCGUCGGGAAGAAAGUUGAGGAGGUCAAGCAAGAGGGACAAUCGUGGCUCUCGUGGGGAGGUGACAAGGCUGCCGAAGCCAAGUCCACAGCCAAAGAACAAGUGAGUCGCUGGCAUCGAUGUCCAGCCGUUCGUCACUUUUCGGCGACUGAGCCCUGUUGGUUUGGCUUCGUUGUAGGUCGCCGACGCCAAGUACUCUGCGAAGCAAACGGGCGAAGAGAUCAAAGCUGAGGUGAGUAUCUCGCAACUCAGCUUUCGAAGCCGAACUUUGUUGCAGUAUUCUGAUCCAUUCUCUUCGCUUUUUUCUGUACAACAGAGCAAGUCGUGGUUCAGCUGGGGAUCCGCCAAGGCCGAUGAUGCCGAGAAAGCGAGCAAGUCGGCCGCUCGCGAUGCCGAGUACAAGAUCCAGUCCGCCGCCGAUUCCGCGAACCGAACGGCACAGGAAGCGGCCGAUGCCACCAAACGCGACUACUACGAAGCCAAGGACUUGGCCCAGCGUGAGCUCGAUGCGACGCGCAGGUCCGCUCGCGAUGUUGCGCAGUAUGCCGAGGAUGGCGCGAGGGACACGGCGAACGCCGUCAAGCGAGGUGCCGAGGAUGCGGGCCGUGUCGCGCAGGAGAAGGCCGAGGAGGCCAAGCAAGCAGCUUCGUCGUGGUUCUCGUGGGGGUCAAAGAAAGCCGACGACGCCGCUGAUGUCGCUGCCACCAAGGCCAGCGAGACUAAGAACGCCGCCGUCGGUGCCGUGCAGGCCGUCAAGGACAAUGUCAAGGACAAUGUCAAGGAUGGACUCCUGUGGGCCGAAAACAAGGUCGAGUCCGGAGCCCAACGGGCACAGCACGAGACGAAGAAGCUUUAA